AUGUCAGCCGCCGGUAUCCCCCAACUCGACGAAGCUUCCAAGAAGGAAUUGGAAGUCUUCCUUGAACAAGAACAAGCUAAAGCUAAAUUACAAGCUUCCAUUCAUGAAUUGACCAACACAUGUUGGAACACCUGUAUAACAGGCUCGAUCUCAUCUAAAUUCUCCAAAUCCGAAGCCCAAUGUCUCGAGAAUUGCGUUGAUAGAUUCCUCGACUCGAGUCUCUUUAUAGUCAAGCAGAUUGAAGCGCAGAAACAACAGAUCUAA